UACACCUCUUCUCAACACCAUGUUCCUCUCUCUUGCUUUCGUCACCGGACUUGUUGCCCUUGCUAAGGGUCAGACCUUGACUGGUCAGUACGACUGUGCAACCCAAGGCAACUACCAACUCUGCAACAACCAGUGGGGCACCUCUGCCGGCACUGGAAGCCAGACCGCUACGCUCAACGGCGUGAACGGUAACUCGGUCAGCUGGUCUACCCAGUGGAACUGGUCCGGCGGCGACAACAGCGUGAAGACGUACUCCAACAUCUCCCCUACGACUGGCAUGGGCUCUGCGCUCAGCGCCAUCACCACCGCUCCGACCACCUGGCAGUGGGCGUACAGCGACACUUCGAACGUCCGUGCUGAUGUCUCGUAUGACAUCUGGAUUGGCACCACGCCUGACGGCGCGCAGGCCUCUGCUCAGUCGUCUUACGAGAUCAUGAUCUGGCUCUCCGGCCAGGGCGGCAUCCAGCCCAUCGGCUCCAAGACCGCGUCUGCCAACAUUGGUGGCCACCAGUGGGACGUCUGGACCGGCCCCAACUCCAACUGGCAGGUCAUCUCGUUCCUCACCACCGAGGGUGACAUCACCAACUUUUCGGCGGACCUCAACGACUUCUUCAAGUACAUCAUUGCCAGCAACGGCGUCAACUCGGGCCUGUUCCUCCAAACCAUCGAGUCUGGUACCGAGCCCUUCACUGGCUCUGCCACCCUCACCACCACCGGCUACAGCGUCUCAGUCAGCUCAUAAACGCAAAACUGCAAAUUUAGGGCCGUUAUGUAUCAUUCUUUAUUCCGAGGGUGUACUUUUCUGCGACUGUAUUCUUAAUACUACUUAUAUACAUGGUGCUUUGCGA